GCUAAAAAUAAACACUCGGAUUUUAUUUUCAAACAGGAAUUUCUUCAAACUUUGAUCUAUCUCGCUGAAAAAUCGAACAAAAAUGUAACUUUUGACCCCGCGUAAACGAUUAUUCGGAAUUUAUUUCGACUUCGCGUCCCAUUAUCGCGUUUUAAUGUCAACGAAUGCGUUACUGAGUGUCGAACGAAGAUGUCCAAGACCACUGGCUGUACUCCGGAUUUUCGCGAAUUCUCAUUCAAAGACUGGUUCGGAAGAUUUGGUUCGAGCGUCGAGUCUCAAAAUGACGAGAAGAACUACAAGCAAGCAUUCUACAACGUCGUCGGUACAUUUUUAAUGGUGGUUUUCUCGGCCGCAUCGUGGGGUGUAUUCAUCAUACUGCAACCGUUCUUGAAACCGUUACUUUGGGCUUUGCUAUGCGGAUCUGUUCUGUACCCUUUUAAAAAUAGACUCUCGAAGAAACUCCACAGCUGGAUCGAUGUGCUGAAUAAACCCUCCAUCGUGCAUAUUGUCACCGACGUGGUUUGCUUCCCGUUGCUCAUAUUCAAUCAUAUAACCGAUGUGUUGGGUAGAUUCGUCUGCGAUCAUUUCUACGCUGUUAUUGCUCUACUCGUCUUAUCCGUCGUACAGUUCAUAGCACCGCAGUUCUCGUUCUCGUUCUUAUGGACUCUGCAAUGUUUGCUUUUCAGAAGCUUGCUGUUCGUAUUGAAGCUGUGUAGCAGUUCUGUUGUAGUGAUUUCUAUAGCUGCGAGUUUUACGUGGGCGCUCUUCUUCAAAUGGGAUAUUGAAAACAAGAAAAUUCUGUCGUAUUUUUCGGUAUUCACCUGGUUCGCGGUGCUGUGUUAUGUCGCUUCGUUCUUGGAUUUACUAAAGAUUCCGACAUUUUUCGCGUUAUUGGCUCUGUUCAUCGGUGGAUUUGUUUACGAUUUCAUGCAAUCGACUGAAACGUCUCAAGAUGAACCGAAGAUCAACGCAGACGAACAAAAACAAUCCAACGAUCAAACGGAACCAGAAGAAAUUCCUGUACCCAGACGAACCCUUGUCCAGAGACGAAGAUUUACUACUCAAAUGAGCUUCAUCGGUAUCAAACCAGAUACAAAUGAUGAUACUCACGCCGGCGAUCAAUACCUGUAUUGGGUAGGUUGUGCCUGCGCUUUUGUCUUCUUUAUUAAAUGGUGGUGGACUCCGUACGUUGUUGGCUUGCAUAUUGUGUUCUAUUUUUCCAAAAGAUUAUGUAGUUAUAUCGGAAUUCAUAACACUGUGAUGGAUAUGUUGACGGUUUAUUCUGAUUUCCUUUAUUCGCUGGUUGGUGCUGAAAAACUAGAUGUAUUGUUUCCUGCUCCUUUGAUGAGUAUUUAUAAAGUUUCGUUGCUAUGUAAAACAAAAGUAUUAAAAAUGUUGAAAGAAUCCUGUGAUAUGAUUUCUACCAUAACAGUUAUCUUAUUAGUUAUUAUUUUUAUCGCUGUUGCUUCAGUGUUUCUGACGAUGCAGAUUUACACCGAAGGAAUGUAUUUAGUGAAAGUUACCAGUAAAGUUUUAAACGAGACGUUGACCUUUCACCAAGAACUUAGUCAUAUGGUACCUGAUAAUUGGCAAAACCAGCUAAAUUCCGCCUUUGAAAAUGCUUACAUGUACGGAAGAGAUUUCAUUUCAAAAAUGGUGAAGAAAUUUCUAGACGGGAUGCCCGAAGACAAAGUAAACGAAUUGGAGAAAAUUGUGCUGGAAUUAUGGGAUCGAAUAUAUCAAGCUUGGUUAGUGAACAGCAGCGACGAUAAUAUUGUUGGACCUAAGGUCACUUCUGACGCUGUGUACCAAAUAUGGGAUAGUUUGACUUUGAAUAUUCAGAAAACUCCUGAAAUAAUGAACGUUAAUACUCUGAUGCAGUUCGUAAACAACAACAUGACCACUUUAUCAUCAGCAGUGAAAAAUGUUUGGGAAUUCACCGUCGAUAAUAUUGGCCUAGUUUUGUAUCUUUUGGAGACUCUGUUAUCUGCAGUUUUUGUCAGCGGAUUUACCGUGUUUAGCCUUAUUAUUGAUUUGAUCAUAUUUCUGACGGCGUUGUUUUAUUUGCUCAACUCCAGCUCGGACGUAUACAAACCGGUGGAAUUCUUGGCUAAAAUGAGCCCUACCUAUGGGACGAAAUUGGCUCUAGCUAUCGAGAGAUCGGUAGCCGAAGUAUUCAUGGUGUCUUCUAAAUUGUCUCUUUUCUACGGCCUAUAUACCUGGUUCCUUCAUAAUCUCUUCCAGAUGCAUAUUGUUUACGUUCCUACAGUUAUUGCCGCAUUAUUAGCUGCUGUUCCUGUUUUGCCAACAUAUAUCGUAUGCUUACCUGGUGUAUUGGACUUGUGGCUCUUGCAAGAGAACACAGUCGGCGCCAUUUUACUCUUUUUGUUGCAAUUUGCUCCUACGAACUUGGUGGAUGCGGCGAUUUACGAAGAUAUUCAUGGAGGACACCCUUACCUUACUGGAUUAGGUAUGGCCGGAGGUGUAUUGUGUUUUGGCAUCGAAGGAGCUAUCGUCGGACCGUUAAUUUUAUGCUUUAUGCUUGUAAUCAUCAAUUUCUGCGCAGCUCUGAUGAGAGAUCAAAAUAAUUUAUCCCAAUCUUCUCCCGCUAUCGCAUCAACGGAAUAAUGAUCAUUUUUUUUCUUAAAAUUAAUUUUUAAUUAAUACGAAGUAAACGAACAAAUUUUAUUCGCACUUGUUUCAUGCUUACAGGAGGUGCCUUUGUUAAUGACCAAUUUUAUUGGAUGCAAUUUUUGAAAUUUAUACAACUUUUUCAAUUUUUUUUUUUUUUUGAAGUAUGUAAUUUUGUGUUUUGUUUUAUUUUUUAAAUGUUUGCAAGUUGUUUACUAUUGUUGAAAAAUCUCCAUUUUAGUUUUAAAAAAAAAUGUAACGCCUUUAAACUGAAUUUUUUCCCGUACUUCCAUUGUUAUUUGAGCAGUUUCCUUGUUAUUGUACUUGUUAUUUAGGAGUAUUUAAUUUACAUUUGUUUUAUUUAUUAAUACCUAUUGGAAUCUUUGAAAGUAUUUUCUCGAGCUCUCCUUCACCCCUAUCUUUUACACUCAGAAAAUGUUACCUGUUUUUUAUUCUUCUUUUUUUUUGUGAUAUUUUAUUACGCUUUUAAUUAACGAUUAUGAAUUUUAUGUAUUGUAUUUUGUACGAACUUAACGCGUUUUUUAUGGGUGUUUAUUUUUUCAUUUUAUUUCUUAACGCACCAUUAUGAUUGUAUUGUUCUCGUUAAAUUUGAUAGAAAACAGAUAAAAUAAUUGUGUUGAAUCGUGAA